AUGGGCUAUGACCUGUACUAUACGUACAUGUCGCAGAGUGACAGUUUUGUCCUGUCGGGCACCCAGCGAUAUGGCAAACCACUAGCAAACCCGCCCGUCUUCGACGCGAUUAACCAGAUCCCAGCGGUUUCCAGGAGAAAUUCUGUCGCGAAACUGAGUAGUCAGACACAGGGAUCCGAGGAAUUGGGAACAACAAGGCACCUAUUCGGCACGCUUACUGUCUCACCCUCCCGUGUCCUCCUCUCUCAAGCGAUCAGCAUCUUCGAGGAAGAGGUUCAAGCAAUCAAGUCCGUAACUGGUCUCGUCCCGAACCUCGUAUCCUACGCAGUGCCUCGCAACGCCAUCGCAGCCAUGAAACAACGCGGCGGAAAUGCUCUUGGAAUCGAGGGAGACGGGCCCCUCUUCCUCAUUCUCAUCUCCACGGCCUGGUCCGACGCAGCCGGCGACGCCGCAGUCAAUUCGAUGACGGAGAAUACCAUCUCUAGGCUCAGGGAAGCAGCCACAACCCUUGGUGUUGCGCAUCGGUACCUGUAUAUCAAUUAUGCGUCGGCGCAACAGGCGCAAGAUGUCUUUGCGGGUUAUGGAGAGGAGAAUGCACGCAGACUGCGUGAGAUCCAGCGGGCUGUUGAUCUGCAUGGUGUAUAUACCUCUCAGGGUUUGUAG